AUGCCCGAUAUCCAGUUCCCCGGGGCGGUUAUCCCGCUCCAACGUGGUGAGCGUAGAGGCCAGGAUCACGGACUUGAACCUGCGGAUGAGAUGCUUCCAGCGGAUGCUGCGGGCAGACAUGAGUUUGCUCCCACUACUCGCAGGCGGCAGCUUGCGGUUUUGAUAUGCAGCUUCCUAGCUGUUGCCAUGACCAUAGGCCCAAAUUUUUCUUAUGGCGUCUUCCAGGAAUACUACGUUACGAGCACCGACAGCGUCUUGGACCCAUCAGAAGCGAAGAACCGAGCAGCGGUGGCCUUGGUUGGUACGCUCGGUGCUGGGUUGACCUGGAGUGGCUCCAUUGUGAUCAAUCCUCUCGUGAGCAGAGUGAGCGGCAAUGCAAAUCAGAAGAUUGCAACUGCAGGAUGCUGCCUAAUGAGCGCUUCGUAUGCACUUGCUAGCUUGUCCCAGAGGGUCAGUGAAAGCAAGCAGCCCCAUCCUACUCCAUACCUCCUUGCAUUGUAUUCCACAAGCAAUGUACUCUCUCUCUCUCUCUCCCCUUGCAUACCAGCUAUUUCGAUUUGA